UACACCGUAGUACUGAUAAAAAUGUCUGUAUCAAAGGAUUCAUUUGAAAAAGCUCGUUUAAAAGCUCAUUCGCGUAUACUGGAAUGGGUAGAAGAAACGAAGACUGCUGGAAUUACUCGUCUGCAUGAUCGGUAUGGGGAAGUGUUUAAAAGAAUUGAAUACAAAAGGAAAGACAGCAGCGCAAAGUUCAAUUCCGGCGAAAAAACUAAGCCUUCCAUUAAAAAUGAAUACAACAGACGACAAACAAAAGGGUUGUCUAAAACAGAGCAGAAAACAUAUAAGGAGAAUGUUUCACCUGAAACGCGUAAAACACCAGAGAGAUGUAAAAGCCGUCAGACACCCGACUCCAGGAAAUGGCAACAGCUGGACAACCGCAGCUCGCAUAACAGAAGUUCCAGAGCGGGAUUUACUAGCAUAUGUAGCAUUGAAGCCGUUUCUCUCUUGUGUGAUGAUGAAACCGUAAAAAAUUGCGAAUCGUCUUUCAACCUUCCGCCUAUCAUAGAUAAAGAUAAAAAUCCCAGAAAAUUUAAGCAUGAUAAAGACUCCAUUCGAUUGAUACUUGGGACAGCUAAAUUGAAAUUAAAAUCACAGAAAACCUUAUACCGAGAAAAGUUAAACGUAAAUCAAGAUAAUAUUGACAUUGAAAAAGAUGUCAAAAAGUUAGAAAUCGGUAAUACUGUAAAGAGGCUCAGGAGGCAGAGUGUUUUUCGAAGGGUGCACAAGAAAAAAGAUCUACCCAAAAAAGAAAGCCAGGAAUCUUUGCGUCCUUUGUAUGUUAUAACGUCUUCCGACGGAGUCGAGCGAAAGAGAUCCUCCACCACACCGAUACAACGCCACACCCAAUCCCGCUCUGCAUUCUUGCCUCAGUUAAAUGAAAUCGGCGCUAGCGACACAGAUCUUCCUACGUGCAUGCGCACGGCAUCUUCUCUGGCCAUUGGAACAGAACACUCGGAGGAUGUAAUGGUCAGACCUGUUUCAGCGACCAAACUCACGCAUACGAUUCCUUUAUUACCAACACUGCGUCGUGUCAAAUCCGCAAGGAAAAAAUGCAAAGAUUUGAAGGAAACACCACACCGAGUCAAAAGCGAUUAUAUUAAACCAACCCACUAUACACUGAAAAGAUACAUUAGAAAAAUCAUGAAUGUAUUACAUCUGCUAAGAGUAACAAGGCAAAAGGUGAAAGUAGAUCUCCUUGCCGAAUGCCAAAAUCAGAAGAGGAGAGAUCAGAGAAUGUCCAAGAAGGAGCAAUUGACAUUUGAUCCUGGUUACUUCAAAUCAGCUACAACAACAUACGGAGGAUUGUCUAACAUUGCCCGAAACGCUUUAUGGAAGCCAAUCGGUCACAGAACUCUCGAUGAUGUCCGAAUACUUACUGAAGUUAUUUAUCGUUUGCCAUUCUUCACAAAAUACUCUCGUUCGGUGAAGGAAAGGUUGGCACAGGUAGUCUGGUAUGAUCAAUUUGAAAACGAUAGGAUCAUAAUACGGCAAGGUGAUAUGGGAUCUAGAAUGUAUUUCGUCAUUUCCGGUUAUGCAUCCGUACAAAGAACCGAUAUAGAUCCUAGAACAAAUUCCAAAAUAAUCCAGCAUCUGUAUGACGUCACUGCGGGAUCAACAUUUGGGGAACUUGCUUUGAUAAGAAAUAUGGUUCGGAACUUUACAGUGAUUUGCAAAGGCGAAUCCGAGUUUUUAAGUCUCAGUAAGGAUGAAUUCAACUCCAUUCUGAGAAAGGAUUACGAGGAUUCUUGGAACAAGCGAUUAGACUUCUUUCGAACUUCGAUUUUCUUUGAAAAGUUGUCAGACGACCAAAAGCGGCAAAUGGCUGAUAUGUCGAGAGUAAUAGAGUUUUCCAACAAUCGGGUUAUCCAUGGAAAUGUUCCCGGCAUGACGCAUGACGUUUUCUUCAUCAAGUCCGGUAAAUGCGAGAUUGUAAAGAAAGUCGCCUUUGUAAGAUGUGUUUCUCCAUACCUCCGGCCGCAGCUCGUUUUACAAGGAUCAAAGUCCUCUAAAGCUGAUCCAAACAAGUUCCUCAACAAGCCGUAUGGUCGUCGUUACCGUCGCCUAACCCCCGAGAAUCACUUCCUCACGGUGCUUCAGCUGACAGCGGGGGACUACUUCGGAGUCGGGGAGGAUCUAACAGACACGUUUAUCAUAGCAAAAGGAAAGGUUGAAAUUAUCGCCUUGAAUGCAGUAACAUUCAGUUUGAAUUAUACCGUUAUCCAGUCCAUGCGAGAUGACAGAAAAAAUCUCAUACCAUCCACAGAAGAACUGGCCAGGCAAUUCGAAGCUAACCGGAAAUGGAUGGAAUAUAAGAAGAAGGUUGUAAAUGACGUUGUCAAACGGAGAAAGAAGUCAACCUGUGCAUCCUACAAUGACGUGCCUGAAGCUAUGCUCAAUGAACCAUCCAUUCCUCUGGAUCUGAUUAACUAUGAAGAAUUUCAAUAGAUUCCUUUCAUUAAAACACGCUUUUGUAUGCUGAUAAUAAAACAUGCUUUCAAAUCAA